UGUCAAAACAUUUCAAAAAUAGUCGUUAAAAUAGUCGUUUAAAAACUAAAUAAUAAGAAUCUUGUUAUUACUUUAUUAUUAAAAAUUGCAUUCCAGUAUGUCUGUAAACAAAUAUGAUGUAUAUGAAACUGGAUUUAAUAAACUGGAGGAAACCAUUUGUUUUGGAAAACGAGCUAUUGGAGGUGACAAAAGUGUCUAUGAGAUAUGUACUCUUGCUGUUAUUAGAUCCUCAGAAUCUGGAUUGAACCAUGAUACCAUUCAAGUCUCGUCAUAUUAUAAAAGUGAAAAUAUAAUAGCACUAGGAAUAAAUAAUUGUCUCCGGCUUAUUAAAAAUACAGAGGUGCCAGAUCAGAUAGCCUCUUUUCAAUUUGACCACUUUAUUGAUGCUGUCAGUGUUUCUCCUUGUGGCAAGUAUUUAUUGUGCUGUACCCAAUCUGGUCAGGUGUGUAUCAGAGAUCUAUCCAGUAUCGUUCAGGAAGACAACAAUGAUGAACUUCCUGAAAAGGAAGGUGAUAUUGAGCAGGAGGAUCAAACCCAUAAAUGCAUAAUUGCUUUUGAUGAGAACAUUGAGUGUAACAGUUAUGGCGAUUCAAUAAAAUGUUUUAUAGGCGCAUUUGCAGAUGACUCCUCAGAAUGUAUAGUUUUUUAUCUUGUUACAAGCAUGGGAUUAGUAAAAAAAAUUCAAAAUACAUCAGGAAGUUUUACGUCAGAAAUAAUAUGUGAUCUCAAAAAGUAUAUUAAAAAAUGCAGCUUUGCCUUUCCAUUUGUUUGCCUAGAAAGCAACUUUUUAUAUAUUUUAGACUUAAGAACUAAUAACUUAGAACAUGAAAAUGUACUUAAUGCAAAAUUUCUGCUUCCUUUUGGCAGUGAUUUCUUAGCAAUUGAUGAUGAGAGUAGCAUAUUUAAAAUACAUGCUGCAAGGUGUAUGAUAUUCAAUGCCGAUUCCCACCUAGCUUAUCUUAGAGGGUUGGAGCAAAUUAUGGUUCUUGAUGAUGGAGAAUCCAAAUAUAUUGUUGGUGUUGAUAAAAGUCUUAAAUUAAUGCCAAUUAUGGCUGAUAACCAAUAUGAAUAUGCACCCAUUUAUGAGAUUCCCCUUGAAGAUCCUAUCCACUUGUUAAACACAAAAUCUUUCACAGAAGAUAUAGUCUUUCUAACUGAAAUAUGGAAAAACAAAAGCCUUCAAGAGAUCAGAUUGCAAAUCGUAACCAAAACCGAUCCUGAAUCGAGAAUCAGGAAGUUGAUACAAAAAGGUCUUAUAGACAAGGCAGAAGUCUUUGCAAAAAUCCAUAAUGUCAAUCCAGAAUUUCUUGUUCAGGCUAAAGCAGAGAACAUUGUAAAAGACGCUCAAAGUACUACACAGCAAAUCGAUAUGCUUUUAAGUAUUUUAGAUAGUUUGGAUGACGUCGACUUAAAAAUGUAUUAUUGUGAAGUAGUGGUUUGUAUGACAGCUGCUGAUACCAGGAGAGUUUUAAGUUAUGCUGCGAAUCUGAACAUAGACGUUAGGGACUGUAAAGAAAACGAAAAUAAUAGGCUACUUGUGAAGAAGCGUAUGUUCCAUGCCAAAUUGCAACUCUUUGACACGUUUAUGCAAGUCUACCAUCAAUUUGACGAACGGAAAUGGCAAACAUUUUCUAUGUGUAAUCUUAUAAAUGAAGUUAAGGAUCUUUUAAAACAGGACAGAAUGGAAGAAGCUGCUCUACUUUAUAGCCGACUGGAUCCUAGUUCAUUGACUGACGAUGAUAUUGAGGACAUUCUAUCCAUGCUUAAUACUGGCUUAGAUAACUACAAAACAUUUUUAAACACUUUUGUUCCAUUAAGCUUAAAAUACCUACCAAAUACUUUAAUCAUGUUUGUAGAAUGGAUAGAAUCAAGGGUUUAUGAAUUGGAAGGAGAAAACGAGGAAUAUGUAGAAAGUUUUCCUGACUGUGCCAUAAAGUUUGUGAAAAAUAUGGCUAACCUCCUAAAUCUAUAUAUUCCUUCUCAAAUCUUCUUAGGUGAAGAACCUAGAAAAAGAUUAUCAAAUUUAAUAAUAUCACUUAAGCAUAUUCAGCUUUUGAUAGAGAAGUUUUUCAUUAAACUUCCAUUAUGUGAAUAUAUCGCCGCACCUCAGAAUAUAGUAAAGACGCUGCUUACUUUGGAUUUAGAGCCCACACAUUUUGAGAAUCUUAUGGAAGAAUUUUUGUAUCCCUUUAUGUUAGAGUGUGGGGUAGAUACAGACGAUGUAUUACUUAAAGAAAUUCAGUCUUUAUUUAUAUAUAAAGAGGAAUACUGGAUAAACAUAGUGGAAGUAAUGUUAAAGUUCAUAUGCCGAAUAGAUAAAAAACUGGAGGCUAUCAAAGACAUCUUGGAGGCAUCAUCGGCCCCUUGGAAUAAUAAUAUUAAAAGUAAGGCAAGGGUUGCAUUCGAACACACCGUGACCAGCCCUGUUGCAAAACAGAUCGUCGAAUUAUUGAAUAACGAGCCUGUAUUUGUUAUUUUGGAGAAAUAUAAGGUGAAUAAGGAGGAGUUUUUUUCUUCGGAUGAGAAAGAAUUCUAUUUUCAUCGAAUCAUAUAUGUGAACAGGGAGGACGCCUAUACAGCCAUACAAGACAUUUACCAAUUAUGUCGAAAAAAUGAGGAAACCCAAUAUGCAAAUGAAAUUAUGAUUCACGAGUUCAUUAAACGAGGCAAUAUUGAACAAGCCAUGAAACUCUUAGAUUCUUUAGAACCAACUGUUGCAGUUGGUAUAAUAGAAAAGAUUUUAGAAAUGUUACUAUUUUAUUUUCGGGAGAGAGCUCCUGCUAAGUACCGCCAGGCGUUCUAUCAAGCUCUAGUACCCCUGUCCUAUAGGCUUAUAAAAUUCAACAAAGGCUAUACGAGCGAAAAAAUAAACUAUGUUUAUGACUUACUAAAUUCACUUUAUGGUAUUUGUGAUCAGUUUGGGAUUCAGGCGAGUUGUUCUGCGCUAAAACAGAAGGAAAAAUGGACUUUGGUUGAACAGUUAUUUGAGAAAGUCAAAGAAGAGAUCCUGGAGUUCGAAACUGAGGCUGAAAAAGUGGAUCAUUUAAUAAAACGUUGCAAACUAAUCGGGAAACUUACAAAAGAAGAUUUAGAAAAGAUCUUAUUCAAAUAUAUACAAACCGAAGAUGAUUUCCAAACUGUAGUGAACAUAUGUUAUUUCAUCAAAACUUCUUCUGAUUGCCCAGAGCUUCUCACUCAGUGCGCCAUUUAUUUGUUCAAAUAUUCUAAAGAAAACUUUAUAGAAGCACAAGAUGAAACAUUUUUAGAUGCUCUAGAGGACUUUAAGAAUCAGAAUCACAACUCGUUUGAUAAUAUAACAUCCUUAAAAUUAGCCAGAGAAUUAUGCAUUAAAGCUUUACAAGUGUGCGAAACAGAUAGAAUAGUGAUUUUAGAAGUAUUACGUUGGAUAGACUGCUUUUAUUUGACUGAUAUUGAUGAGAGAGUGUUCGUCCAUGGGAGCCAUUUAAACUUAUACGUUCCAAAGUCAGUUCGUUUUGGCUUGUCUUUUGAAGGAUUUAGAACCAUGUUUAGUAUCUUAUGUCCUUAUUCAGAUGUUUCUGAGUGGCAUCAAUUAAGGCUGACAGGCUGUAGGUCCAGAAAUUUUAAUAACACAUUAUCUCAGGGCGAAUUAAAUAGAUCUAUGGAACAAUUUAACUGCAAUAAUUUUAAACUACUACGACAGGGACAACAACUCACUGUUCUUGACAUGGUUAGUGUGGUGCAAGGUCAUCUUUUACACCUUUCGGAUAUCGGCAAAGAGUUUCGUAAACAGCUACAGCAUUUUAUUACUCAGUCAGUUUUACCUGAAGUAAUUUCCGCAGUAGUAUCAAAUAAAUGCAUUGACAAAGUGUUAUUGGUUAAUCUAUUGUCAGUUUAUGGAGAAAGCUUUCAAAAUGUCGUGAUUAAGUAUAUGGAAUUGUACAAAGCCCAGCCGAAGAAAUUAAAUAUUCUCGCUCAAGUGGGAAUACAUCUUUUAGACCAUUACGGAAUUAAACAUGCCAGCAAAGAUGUAAUGAAUAUUCUUAAUUUGUGCAAGUGGUGGUUUAAAAUUGACGAUUCCCGGAUGAAGUAUGAGACUUAUACCCUUAGUAAACCGGAACCUAGGUUGGAAAUUUUAAUUAAGAUGAAUAAAAUUACUUUAGAUGGACUGCCGGAGUUUUGUGAAGAUUUUGGAUUAGAUUUGCAAGGAUCCUAUUUAAAAUAUUUGAAAUUGCUGUUAUUGAACUGGGACCCAGAUGUGCAAUACAUAACCGAGGAAAAUGGCAAGACAAAUGCCAUUGUAAAGAGUACAGAAUUUGAAUUAAUGGAGAAAUGUUUUAAAGUAAUUGAAAGAGUUUCAGAUAAAAAUGAAAUACUAAAACUGACAUUUGAAAUUUGGCCCCUGGUAAACUUUUAUCACUAUGAGGUCUACUUGGUACUUAUAGCAAUAAGACAACGCGUGUCCCCAAGUACUACCGACAACUCACAAACCUUUAGGGCCCUUCUCGGCUUCCUUAAAAAAUACCGUAGAAUCGGUAAUCUAACUAAACAAGAAAUUGAACAAUGGUACGCCGAAUUUCCCACCAAGGCUCUUAUUGACCCGUUAUCAACUUAUCGCCUUCCUUUAACCAAAACCUUUUUAUCAAAUCAAAUCUGGGACAUUAUUAAAGCCGAAGUUAACUUAGACACGUACAAUGAUUGGCUUAAAGUAACCAGCUUUCUGGGUGAAUAUCUCAAUCAAGAAGAUAUUUGUACCUAUGCAAUAAACAACGUUUUAUCAGCUGAGAAUAUUGAUAGAAGAUGUGACACGUGGCAGUUGAGUUUGAAGUAUAACCACUUGUUGCCCAGGGUGGAUCAGUGCGCGCAGCAUAUUAAAAAUUUGGAACGGGCUACUGCGGCUGUUUAUGCAUUGGUUAGUGGUAUUCCACCGGGAGCUGAUAAAGUGUGUUUUGCGGAAUUAAGUUAUAAAUAUGUGCAGCUCUAUCGAGAAGCGAACCCGGAAGAUGAGAAUGUUAAGAAGGUGUUUGAUAAGUUAGAGAAAAUCUACUUCAAUUUCUCUGCAAUGCAUAUUCUAUAUAAGUACCAAUUGGGAGAGGAGAAUUAUUUGAAAAAGGUGGCUCAGCCUUCGGAAUUGAUUUGGGAGCUCUAUAAUGAUCCCAGAAUAGAGGCUAAUUUUGACGAUUUAAUGUUUGAGUGUCCAGAUAUCAACAGUGCGGUUAAAGAAAUAUGUUCCCUAUUUGACCUUAGAAUCAGAAAAGAAACUUUAAACGUCCUCUUAAAACUUUUACAGUCUGAUUUUCUGUUGGAUUUUAAUUGUACUAGGUUAAGACAUGGUCAGGCCAACAAUCUUAAAAGGGCAUGUUAUGUUUGCAAAAAUCGCAACUUGAACAACUGGCAAAAGGUCCUCUAUGAGCAGGGGACAAAAUCCUGUACGGAAAAUGAUAUUACCUUCAAAGCCAAUGCAUUGAGAUGUUUUUACUUUGUUAGCAGUCAAGAAAACAUUAAGAGUAUCACUACAAUGGAUUAUGAUGAUUUUGUUUUUAGGAUUUUCUUGGAGAAGACAACAAUAAUUGCUACUUUAAGUGAACUGGGAAUUACGAUAAAAAGCGUGGAGGAGCUUGAUCAGCAGAAGCAUAAAAAAUUACUAAAAAUUCUUGCUGUUAUCAAUAAACCUUUGGCUAUCAAGUGUAUAGCAAGUUUGUGUAAGAUAUAUGAACUAAAUGAUUUGAAAUAUUGGGAAUAUAUUGUAAAUACUGCUUCGCAGUUUUAUAUGGUAAAAGAAGUAAUGGAUUACUUAGAAUAUCUGAAAGGCAGAUGCAUAACGGACUUUAUUAAAAAUGCUUGGAACAUGGUGUUUUCAGAUGCAAUUAAACAGGUUGCUGCUAAAUCUUAUCCUUCUUCUGAAAUUACUUUAUUAUUACAGUCAUGUCCCGUAAUAAGGGAAUUAGACCUGGAGCCAUUUAUUCAACAAUGUGAAUUCAGUGAGCGAUUUGAUAUAGCAAAACUCCUACGAAAUUUUAGUAAAAAUACUAUGGAUGAGGAUCUUUUUAUUAGGUUUAAACUAGAUUAAACUAAAUAUUAUUGGAUAUUUAUAUUAUAGGCUAAUUACUUGUUAUAAUAUUUUAGUAGUAUUAUUUAAUAAAUUUGGUACUUUUUCAAAAAUAA